UCCUGACUUUACGAUGUGGGAUAUUGCUUGCCUCAAAUAUACUGUAAAUAUAAGUGCAUUCAAGUUUCGACACCUGUAAGUUGUAAUCCUCUCCUCCUUUUGUUUGCUUUUAACCCUUUAUGAAGACCACAAAUUUAUAGAAAACUUGUGGUGGAAAAGUAAAAAGCGUAAUAAAUUUAACUUGGCAAAUAAAAAAAAUGGAAAGAGGAGUAUGAGAUACUGAGAUAGUAUAACAAAGAAACCAAAGUGGGAUGUCUAUCAUUUCUCCUCGCUAUGUCAGAUUUAGUAAUUUAGAUGUUGUGUGCCUAUGCCCAUCCUCUCUCCUAUCUAUGUCAUGUUUCACAUCAACAUGAAAUAAAAAAUAAAAAGUAGACAAAAUAAAUAUGACUAUGAUGUCAUCAAUCAGAAGGAAAAACCAUGUGAAUUCAUGCAACAUAUCACUUGCGACCACACAUAUGAAAGGCAAAUAGUAUUUCGGGAUCCCACAUCGUAAGACAGACACAGAAGCACAGUCAUGUGCUUUUAAAACAACAAACAAACCCAUAAAUAUCUCUGACAUUUCUGUUAAUGUGAAAGUUCAACCGGGUCGCCGUGUGUAACCGGGUCUAACCCGAUAGUCCGAUAACCCGGUGGUCUGAAACCCGAUAACCCGGAUAUUCUUAAUAGGGUUAAUGGUCGGGUCAUUCAUCUCUUUAAAAUUAUCGGGUCGGGUCAAACCCGGACCGAUAACCCGGGACCCGGACCGAUGGACACCUCUAGGGAACACAAAUCCGAAGCCCAACUUCCAUUCCAAAUAUGAAAUGGUUACGCUUCUAAAAUGUUUCUCCAAAUUGUACGAGCGGAUCACUCUCAUUUGAUAUGAAAGAAAGAACCUGCUGACCAAAAAUGAACUGAAAAUCGCUAAUGCGCCCAAGACUCCAAAUUUAUCGAAGGUUGGUCUUCUCCACCUCUUUUCCACGUUCUUUCUCGUCAAUCUCAGCUUCUAAGACAACCACCCCAACAGCAACUUUCCCAGGAAACCAUAUAGCUUACAUUGUCAAGAAAUGCAUUUUUCUAGUGCAAACAUGUGCCUCUACCAAAUCCAAACUCAGGCAAAUCCAUGCGUUCUCAAUCAGGAGCGGUGUCCCAAUCUCCGAUCCAGACAUGGGCAAACACCUUAUUUACUCCCUUGUCUCACUCUCGGCCCCCAUGUCCUAUGCAGACAAAAUCUUUAGCCAAACCCAAAACCCAAACAUUUUUACAUGGAAUACAAUGAUUAGAGGCUAUGCUGAGAGUGAAAAUCCGAGGCCAGCUGUUGAUUUGUAUCGCAAAAUACAUGUGGAGUCCAUUGAACCUGACUCCCAUACUUACCCUUUUCUUUUAAAGGUCACUGCUAAGUUGGCUGAUGUUAGACUUGGUGAAAAUGUACAUGGCAUUACUAUUAGAAAUGGGUUUGAUUCGUUGUUGUUUGUUCAGAACAGCUUGGUUCAUUUUUAUGCUGCUUGUGGGGAUGUAGAGAGUGCAUACAAGGUGUUUGAUUUAAUGAUUGAAAGAGAUCUUGUGGCUUGGAAUUCUGUGGUUAAUGGUUUUGCUCUUAAUGGUAGGCCCACGGAGGCUCUGACUCUUAUAAGGAACAUGGCUUUGGAAGGUGUUGAGCCUGAUGGGUUCACUAUGGUCAGUUUGUUGUCUGCUUGCGCUGAGCUUGGUGCAUUGGCCUUGGGCCGGAGGGUCCAUGUGUAUAUGUUGAAGGUAGGUUUAAGUGAGAACUUGCAUCCUUCUAAUGCACUGCUGGACCUUUAUGCUAAGUGUGGGAGCAUUAGAGAGGCACAACAAGUUUUUUAUGAAAUGGGAUUGCGGAAUGUGGUUUCCUGGACGGCUCUGAUUGUUGCAUUAGCUGUUAAUGGUUUUGGCAAGGAAGCACUCGAACUCUUUAGGAAGAUGGAAAGGGAGAAGAUGGUGCCUAGUGAGAUCACUUUUGUUGGUGUUCUAUAUGCUUGCAGCCAUUGCGGUAUGGUGGACAACGGGUUCAAUUACUUCAAGAAAAUGAUAGAAGAAUACGGCAUUGUGCCUAAAAUAGAACACUAUGGUUGCAUGGUUGAUCUGUUGGGCAGGGCAGGCAGGGUGAAAGAAGCUUAUGAAUAUAUUCAGAAUAUGCCUUUACAACCCAAUGCUGUUAUUUGGAGAACCUUGUUGGGGGCAUGCACAGUCCAUGGUCAUUCAACUAUAGCAGAAGUCGCAAAAGCGCAACUUUUACAGUUGGAGCCAAGAUAUAGUGGAGAUUAUGUGCUACUCUCCAAUCUCUAUGCAUCUGAGCAGCGCUGGAAAGAGGUGCAAGAAGUGAGGAGGACAAUGAUCAAAGAAGGCGUAAAGAAAACUCCAGGACAUAGCCUUGUUGAGUUGGGAAAUCAAGUCCAUGAAUUUGUCAUGGGUGAUACAUUGCAUCCUCAAACUGAAGAUAUCUACUCAAUGCUAGCAGAGAUCACAAAGAAGUUGAAAGCAGAAGGAUAUGUGCCUCACACAGCCAAUGUGUUUGCUGACAUAGAGGAGGAAGAAAAGGAAAAUGCCUUGACUUAUCACAGCGAGAAAAUCGCAAUCGCGUUUAUGCUCAUUAGCACAGCAUCAGGGACUCAAAUUAGGGUUGUUAAAAAUUUGAGAGUAUGCACUGAUUGUCACUUGGCAAUUAAACUUAUAUCGAAGGUUUAUGAUCGAGAGAUUGUUGUGAGGGAUCGUAGCCGGUUUCACCAUUUUAGGGACGGUGGUUGUUCUUGUGGCGAUUAUUGGUAAAUCAUGACACAGUUUGUCUCCAUUAGUUUAUAUUUUGAUUUUAUUGGGGAAUAGACAGACAUGCUUAUUGAAUUCUCUCUUCCAAACAAUGAUGUUUAACGUUCAUGUUAUACUACAAAGCACAAACCAUUUUUCCA